GAUGCGAUCUCGAUGAUUACAAUAAUUAUGUCAAUCGGAUUUUCGGUUGACUAUUCGGCGCACAUCACAUACGGCUACGUUAUUUCUGCCGAGAGUACGCCUGAGAAACGUGUAAAAACAGCGCUUGGUGCACUUGGAUGGCCUGUUACUCAGGGAGCUAUGUCCACUAUCCUGGCGGUCGUCGUCCUGGCAGAUGUUCCUGCCUAUAUGAUAGUUACCUUCUUCAAGACUGUCUUCUUAUCGAUCGCACUCGGCUUGCUGCAUGGCCUUGUGUUUCUUCCGGUUAUGUUGUCGCUAUUUGUUGGUGGUUCUUGUAUACUGCUUUCACCAGAAGACAAAGUGGGGGCCUAG